CAGCACCAGCAGCACCAGCAGCGAUGCUUUGCAGAAUGCACCUCGCACCAUUCGCCUCCAGCUCCCUGGCCACCCGGCUGGGCACGGUGAGGACCCUCUGGCCGCACGCAGAGACCAUCUUCACUGAGCUGCAGCAGGAGAUGGAGAAAGCUCGGGAGUUCAUGAGCAGCUUCGAGCAGUUCCUGAGCAGCGGUAGCAGCCCCGGCCGGAUCGGCAUCGCUGCUGAGCGAUGCCCCAGCACCAGCGCAGCCCUGCCCCAGGGCUCCGGGGAAGGCUUCUCCGUCUGCCAAGAUGUGAAGGACUUUGCGCCUGAGCAGCUGUCGGUGAAGGUGGUGGGCAGGAAGGUGGUGCUGGUGGGACAGAAGGAGACGCAGAACGUCGAUGAGAAGGGCUCCUUCUCGUACAAGUACGAGGUGCUGAAGCGGGAGUGGGACGUGCCUGAGGAGGUGGAUGCCGAGGCGCUGACGUGCUCCCUGUCCAAGGAGGGGCAGCUGCGCAUCGAGGCCCCCAGGCUGGCACUGCCGGCCGCCCCGGAGAGGAACGUGCCCAUCCAGGUCAGCCCUGCAGCCCCACAGCCCGGACCAGCCUCUGAGGACGGAGCUGCCAAGAAAGCCCAGAUGUAACGGGAGGGCAACCGAUGGCCUGCGGCAGGACCGGAGCAGACAGCAACAAGUCUCGGGUUUUAGCCCAGACAAGCUCCAUCAGCAAUGAUGUCAUUUUUUUUUUUCACUAUACUGGAAUGUUUUUGUAUCCAAUAAAAAUACUUUUGCAU